AUGCAUUCUCAAUUCUUAUCGCUGUCACGGUUUGCAGGGUUUAGCAGCACCACCCGACACUAUGCGUCGCAUUCCAGUGACUCUGUCACAGCAGCAGAUCCAGAGACGAUAAAGGCAAGGGAAUGGUUCAACGAAGGCACACAAAAAUGGAACAAUGAUGAUCUCCAUGGAGCAUUGGAUUGCUUUGAAAAGUCGGCAUGGACCAAGGCGACUGGGGACGCUUACUACAAUAUUGCAAACUGUCAACUGCAACUAGGGAGACAUGAGGCGGCCAUCAAGUCAUGGAAAAAGUCCUUGGAGCUCUCUCCAAACCGCAGCGAUGCCCACGUAAAUAUUGCUAAUGUUCAUGCAUUGAUCCUCAAAGACCCCGAAACAGCCCUCUCCCAUUACGAGGAGGCCCUUCGUCUGGAACCCAAUGACGGCGAAAUCCACUACAAUUAUGCCGUCGUUCUCGACUCUAUGGGUCGUCUGGAAAAAGCGGUUGAAGAGUACAAGCUUGCCGUGCAAAAUGGCACAGCUGUUGCAGAGAAAAAUCUGCGAAAUGCGAUGGCAAGACUUUUGACCAAAAAGGCAGAGGACGCCGCAAAGGGCGCCGGCUCUGGUAAUGAGAAGUAG